AUAACAAUAAGCGUACUGGAAAAAAAGAGCUGUCUCUGCAUUUUUUCAAUCGGGAUAGUGCUAAGCAUGUCCGUCACAAACGGCACUGCGCACAGACAACAUUCAGUUCAGAAGAGCCGCGUUUACUGAGAGAGCAGACAGACAGACAGACAGACAGACAGACAGACAGACAGACAGCAACACCACAAUCCGCUCGGAACCGAACCCCCGUCUCUCUCGCUUACAGGUUACGCAGGCACUCAAAGCAACAAACAAAAUAACGUGUUCGGGUCCAUUUAAACCCGAACACCCGGAGCGUCCCAUCUGUACAGCUGGCGGGACGCGGAGACAAAAAAAAAAUACAUCUGCCUAAAAAAUACACAGACGCGGCAAGCUCGUGUUUAUUAAAAGCAGAACAACGCAUUUUCUUUCGCGGUGGGAGUUAAUCUGAAGACGACGCGACGGAGAAGCGUUUUGAAGGAUUUAUUGGACCAAGUUGCGCCUGUUUCUUUGUAUUUUUUAAUUUUUUGAAGCCCCCUAGACUCCAGGUGUGGAUGGACUCGCCCUAAUGUGCGGCUCUUCAUAGAGCUGUUUUCACCCUGGCUGUACGGGAGCCGCUACCUGUCCGGUGCGCUGAGUUUCAUUGAAGGGGUUCAGCGAUAUUAAACCCAGGUUUGGGGGACACCCACAGCGCGAAGGUGUCGGUAAAGCAUAGACUCCGCAGAAAGUUGGCCACUUUUUAACCGUGUGCUUUUUUUAAUCGUCUUGUUUUUCUUUCGAGAUAAAUGCAUACGUACGUUUGCAAUCGCUUUGUUAACGUUUUAGUUUCCUAAUAGCAGACUGUACAACUGCAUUUAGUAUUAUUAUCGUGUUUGUUCUUUAAAUCUGGUCUCCCCCGUGGGCGCCUGUUGCAAGCAGUACACAGAGGAUAUAUCUUCGACAGAGGUGCAGCCCAGAUGUCAUUUCAUUCAGUAUCUGAGAUGUCCGCCGGUCAGUCUCGCCCCAUGGGGGCUGUCUCGUAGACCCCCGAGCCACGCGGCUAUGUUGAGGAGAUGACCAGCCGCCAGCGAGCGCUCCCGCUGCUGCUGCUGCUGCUGACGCUGUGCGGGCAGGGCUCCCUCUUGUGUCCGGCGGGCUGCCACUGCGCCUGGGACAGCGGGACAGUGAGCUGCACCAACGCCGGGCUGCAGGAGAUCCCAGCCUCCAUCCCGCGGGACACGGUCACGCUGCACCUGGACGGGAACCAGAUCAGCACCGUGCGGGACGGGGCGUUCAAAAACCUGCCGCGCCUGCGCGAACUCGACCUGUCCCGCAACCGGAUCGAGAGCCUCUCCCCGGGAGCCUUCAGGCACCUGAGCCCGGAGCUCAAGCUCCUGGACCUGUCUGACAACCAGCUGCAACUGGCCAGCAAGGAGGACCUGGGCCCCACGCGCGCCAAGACCCGCCUGCACCACAACCCCUGGCACUGCAGCUGCGCCCUGCAGGAGCUGAUCGAGACGGUGAACCUGGAUCCGGAGACGGUGAGCGGGAUCGUGUGCGAGAGCUCGGCGCAGGGGCCCCAGCACUCCGGCCAGCCCCUGGUCAAGCUGCUGGACGAAGGGGUGAACUUCUGCAGCCUCCAGCGCAAGACGACCGACGUGGCCAUGCUGGUGACAAUGCUGGGCUGGUUCUCCAUGGUCAUCGCGUACGUGGUCUACUACGUGCGGCAGAACCAGGCCGAGGCCAGGAGACACCUGGAGUACCUGAAGAGCCUGCCCAGCCCGCUCAAGGAAGCCAGCGUGGAGGCAGACACGCUCAGCACGGGCCUGUGAGCCGGGGAGCGGGGCACCCAGCUGGCUUCACUACUUGCUCAUUCUUGGUUGAUAUUUGUUGUUCGGGAUUUCCAAAACCAGCCAUUUACCAGUCCCCUAAGAAAAUCUAAAGCUGUGUUUUUUUCUGAUUGGUAUUUUAGGAAAACUGUUGAAUGUUCGAGGACUUAAGUAGGACUAGCAAAUAUGUUGCCGUUGUUUAAUUUACUGUCUGUGUAAGUUUAAUAUUUUUAAAAUUUUUUUAGGGGAAUUUGAUUUACUCAAUCGUGUAGCCUAAUCAGAUUAACAGGGCAGUGGAAUUAAGGUCUGCCGCUGGUAAGACUAUUAAAAUACCAGCCCAUUGCUAGCUCUGAAAGUAAUAAUAAAUGUGGAUUAUAGGAUGCGGUUGCUUAGCCCUGGGAUAAGAACUGAUUCGAUUCUGUAGGAUUCCCAGCAGCUAAUUUCAACAACCUUGAUUUCUGAAUUAUUUACGCUGUAAUAAAAUUUUUUUUUAAAAAAAGUGCUGGUUUG